CCACACCCACACGUGCUCGCUCGUCCCGUAUACAUAUACCUACACUCUUCAGUCGUCAGUGUGUUAGAGUCGGUGGGGACAGUUGCAGAUACAGCAGCUGCAUCGUUGGACUUUACGUAUCCAGAGGAAGACGCAAUAAAUCGUGUAAUUCCACCUACGGAGCAACUCCCGAAGGUCGGCGAAAACUCAUUUCGGCGUUCUCGACGCAUUUGCACGAGGAAUCCGGGGUUGAAGGGUCAGCUCGUCGACGAUACGGAGCAUCGAGCUGCAUCAGCAUCUAAGAGCCACGCCGUUCGUAGCUUGCUUUAAAACCAAGUAACGGAUCAUAAUGGACGUCAACAUGGGCGACAUCGACGAUUUCGACUGGGGGAACGAGAAAUUGCAGCGAGCUCAAAAGACAGUCAAUGAAACACCAUACGACUUGGAGGCAUGGGCUUUAUUAAUCAGAGAAGCACAGAAUCGACCCAUAGCUGAAGUUAGGCCUGUUUUUGAAAAACUCAUUGCUGUUUUUCCUUCAGCUGGUCGAUACUGGAAAAUUUAUAUUGAACAAGAGAUGAAGAACCGCAGUUAUGAAAAAGUAGAAAAGCUAUUCCAGAGAUGUCUUAUAAAAAUUUUAAAUAUAGAACUGUGGAAACUAUAUUUAACAUACGUGAAAGAAACUAAAGCAAGUUUAACAACUUAUAAAGAAAAAAUGGCUCAAGCUUAUGACUUUGCUUUAGAUAAAAUUGGAAUGGAUAUACAUUCAUAUAGUAUUUGGAAUGAUUAUAUUGUAUUUCUUAAAAGUGUCGAAGCAGUAGGUUCAUAUGCUGAAAAUCAAAGAAUCAGCGCAGUACGUAAAGUUUAUCAACGUGGUGUUGUGAAUCCGAUGAUUAAUAUGGAGCAAUUAUGGAAAGAUUACAUGGCAUUUGAGCAAAAUAUCAAUCCAAUUAUAGCAGAAAAAAUGGCGGUUGAAAGAUCAAGAGAUUACAUGAAUGCGAGAAGAGUAGCUAAAGAGUUGGAAGCAGCCACUAGAGGACUUAACAGAAAUGCUCCUAGUGUACCUCCUACUGGACACCCUGAUGAAAUUAAACAAGUUGAACUAUGGAAAAAAUAUAUUUCUUGGGAGAAAGGCAAUCCUUUGAGGACUGAAGAUACUUCAUUGGUUGCUCGUAGAGUCAUGUUUGCAAUAGAUCAAUGUUUACUAUGUCUCGGUCAUCAUCCAGCCGUUUGGCAUCAGGCUGCUCACUUUCUUGAACAAAGCUCUAAAAUACUUACCGAAAAAGGUGACGUAAAUGGCGCAAAAAAUUUGAGUGAUGAAGCUGCAUCAAUGUUCGAACGCGCAACAAAUACCCUUUUGUCAAAAAAUAUGUUGUUAUACUUUGCACAUGCUGAUUUUGAAGAGGGGCGAAUAAAAUAUGAAAAAGUGCAUCAAAUUUACCAAAAAUUUCUUGAUAUGCCUGACAUCGAUCCAACCUUGGCUUAUGUUCAAUAUAUGAAAUUUGCUCGGCGUGCAGAAGGUAUCAAAUCAGCCAGAACUGUUUUCAAAAGGGCUCGUGAAGACUCUCGAUGCAAACACCAUAUCUACGUUGCAGCAGCCUUAAUGGAAUAUUACUGUACUAAAGAUAAAAACAUAGCCUUUCGCAUUUUCGAAUUAGGCUUGAAAAAAUUUGGUGAUAAUCCUGACUACAUUCUUUGCUACAUUGAUUAUUUAUCACAUUUAAAUGAGGACAAUAAUACUAGAGUUUUGUUCGAGAGGGUUUUGUCUUCUGGAAGUUUGGAACCAGAAAAAUCAGUCGACAUAUGGAAUCGAUUCUUAGAGUUUGAAUCAAACAUAGGAGACUUAGCCAGUAUAGUAAAAGUUGAAAAACGAAGGAGUGCAGUUUUAGAUAAGCUUAAAGAAUUCGAGGGCAAAGAAACGGCUCAAUUAGUCGAUCGUUAUAAAUUCUUGGAUUUGUAUCCUUGCACGCCAAUUGAAUUAAAGUCAAUUGGGUACAUGGAAGUAAUAACGACUAAUAGAAAUGGUGUUUGCCCAGCUCCAAGAGCAGCUGAUUCCGAAGAAAUAAUUGCUGCUUUGCCUAGACCAGACAUAUCACAAAUGAUUCCGUUCAAACCAAAAGUAAACCCCCUUCCUGGUGAACACCCUGUUCCAGGUGGAUCUUUUCCAUUGCCACCAUCAGCUGCUCAGCUAUGUACUAUACUACCACCACCGGACUGUUUUAGAGGUCCAUUUGUAGCUGUAGAUAUGCUUAUGGAUGUAUUCAGUCGUAUACAGUUACCUGAACAUGCCCCUGCACCGGUUGCAGACAAUGGUUGUGACACCAAAUUGUUUGAUUUGGCUAAAUCUGUUCACUGGAUUGUUGAUGAAGUUGCAGAAGGAAAUAGUCUCCCUAAUAAACGAAAGCGACUUAGAAUUAAUGGUGAAGAAAGUGAAGAAGAGGAUUUACCUCCACCUCCCGCAAAUGAUAUAUACAGAUUGAGGCAACAAAAACGCGUUAAAUAGACUAUAAAUAUGAUGUUGAUACUCAAUAUCAUUAACUUCUAAAAAGUAAUGAAUUUAUGGCGAAGUUCAAUUUUAAUGACUUAGAUAUAAAUUGUAAACUUUAAAUUUUUAAAAAUCGUGAAAGACAAUUUUUUCAGUAAAUAUGAACUUAAUUAAUUUAAUAAUUA